CCAGCUCUGCCGCUCGCCAGCCCGACGGCCGCAAGGCGGUGGCCGCUGCCCGGCGCGCAGCAGGAAGCAGGGCAAAAGAAGAAGCUGCAGGAGCUGUACCAGCUGGGCCCGCAGCUGGGCAGCGGUGGCUUCGGCACCGUUUUCUCGGGCAUCCGCCUCUCAGACGGGAGCCCGGUGGCCAUCAAACGCGUGGCCCGGGAGAGCGUCCUGCAGUGGUACGAGCUGCCCGACGGCACCCGUGUUCCCAUGGAGAUCGUGCUCAUGGAGAAGGUGGGCUCUGGCUGCCACAACAUCAUCCAGCUCCUCGACUGGUUUGAGCUGCCUGACAGCUUCCUGCUGGUGAUGGAGCGUCCGGAGCCAUCGCAGGAUCUCCUGGCCUUCCUGCUGGAGCAGGGGUUCCUGUGCGAGGAGAUGGCGCGCUGGCUUUUCUGCCAGGUGCUGGAGGCCGUGCGGCACUGCACCGCCUGCGGCGUCCUGCACCGGGACAUCAAGCCGGAGAAUCUCCUCGUGGACCCGGCGAGUGGCGACCUGAAGCUCAUUGACUUCGGUUGCGGCACCUUCCUCCAGGAGCAGGCCUUCACGCGAUUUGCCGGAACACACAUGUACAGCCCACCCGAGUGGAUCUGCCUUGGCUGCUACCACGGCCAUUCAGCGACCAUCUGGUCCCUGGGCGUGCUGCUGUACAUCAUGGUCUGUGGGAACAUGCCCUUCCUGCAGGACCGUGACAUCGUGUCGGGGCAGCUCUUCUUCUGGCAGCAGGUCUCUCCAGAGUGCCAACAUCUGAUCCGCUGGUGUUUGUCCAAGCACCCCGCGGACAGGCCAGCGCUGGAGGAGAUCUUGCGCCACCCUUGGGUGUGGGGCAGGCGUCUUUGAUGCCUUGCCGGAGCCUCUGCAGCACCCGGUUACCGAGUCCUAUGCAGGACUGAGGACCCGAGAAAUAAAACAACCACAAACCCA